AAGGUACUAUUUCAGUUUUGUAGAAACGAAAUACGUAUGUGAUGUUGCGUAGUCGUCGUGGCUGAUGAUGAGCGCAGUGGCAUGUUUUCGCUCAACAUCGAACGCAUUUGUUUGGCUAUGUUAUGUACAACCUUCGGUACUCGCAGUAUGGAGUAUGCUUGUAUUCUAUACCACGUAUCCGUCGCUGAGGUUGGUGCUAUUCAGAAAACCGGAAGUGCAUUUGUAUUAAAAUGAGCAUCUUAGAACUGAAUGAAAACGCUCUGCUCAGUGAACUUAAUCAUAUAAAUUUCACUGAGAAGAAGCUCUUAAAACUGAACUCAAAUAUUUCCAAUGCCCUCGAAAAGGAUAUUUUGAAUUACUAUCUUAUGGGAGUUGCAUCAAUGUUAAUCUGUUGCUUUGGAGCUACUGGAAAUAUUUUAUCGCUUAUCAUACUUGUUAAAAGAGCAGUUGGAAGUCCUACAACAAAUCUAUACCUAAUAUCGCUUGCUGUUGCGGACUUAUGUGUUUUGCUCGCAACAAUUCUCACCGCCAUCAAAGACUCAAGAAAGCCCGAAAAGGAUCAGCUCAAUAUGCUGAUGUGGCAGGAUUCUACAUUCAUCCCAAGAGCAUAUCCGUAUUUUCAUGCCACUGCUAUUUUAUUCCAAGUGACAUCCGUGUGGCUGACAGUUGCGUUUACUUCAGAUCGUUACCUGAUGAUAUGUCACCCAUUCUUGGCAAAACGUUGGUGCACUGUGCAGUCGACCAGAUAUGUAAUCGUUGCCAUCUACAUGGCCAGUACGAUUUACGGACUUCCUCGAUACUUUGAAUACCGGGGAUUCGAGAUUUCUAUACCAUCUGACGUCCAGAAAGAUGUGGGUGUGUGGGAACAAGCUGUUUUCAAUGACUCGGCUGUUUCUAAUCAAUCCCAAAUGCUACGCAUUGUCUGGUAUGAUCUGAGCGAGUUUGGCAGUUCUCCCACCUUCAUGCGAUACUACCAUCUGUGGUCCUGGAACAUCAUGGUGGUCACCUUGCCAUUGUUAACGAUUGCUGUGAUGAACAGCUUUUUGAUUUGUGAAGUUAGGAAAUCAAGCUCUCGCACUGCAAAACGGCUUCAUCGGAAACCAACUCGACGCCAUGAUACGGAUAUUAUGCUCAUCGGAGUGAUCAUUGUAUUCAUCGUCUGUCAGAUUCCUGCGGCCAUUAGUCAUUUCAGUUGGAGUUUGAUUCCUCUUAAGGAUACGAAGAAGUUGUCAUGGUAUCUUCUGAAUGAGAUUGGAAACCUUUUAAUUGUGGUUAACUCAGCAAUCAACCUGGUUUUAUACUACCUGUUCAGCCGAAAGUUCCGGAGACAUUUUCUCCAGCUGUUUUGUCCCUACAGGCUGGUGAGAAACGACGGCCUUCACUGUGUAUAUAUUCCUCGAUGGGUGGUGGAAUACUGGGACAGAGAAUCCUCUGAAGUGCGGUGGUCAACCAUAGAACCAGGCACUCCAACGGGCUACUGUAACAAAACGCCAAACUUCCAACAGAGACAAGGCUGUGAUCAGUUGCCGCGACCCAGUUCUGCUGGAUCAUACGGGAAAACACCGCAUCGCGCGUCGGACAAUCGGACAGACUGGCAGUUGCUAAACGGUUCGCAGCGGGAUCAACAGAUCCAGGGAACAGGUAGGCGGACCCCAAGCACCGGACAGAACGGAAUGCGGCUGAUUCGAGGAACUUCUACCAAAGUGUCUUCCCCAUUUCUAAGGUGUAUCACUCAGGCGCGAACCGAAUCUCGACCAGUAGUUGCCUCUAGUCUUGAUCAAGGGUUUAUAACUACGAAACAACAGACAGAUUAUGCCCCUAUUGUACAGUAAUUAUACUUCGCGCAUUACAUUUUGUUACUC